AUGCCGGAAGUGAAGCCGUACAAUAACUAUUUUGUCGAGGAAAAGGACUUGAAAUAUGUUCCUCCAUAUUUCAGGGACACCCCAGAAACAAGAAGCGAAGUGGACUGCGUCACCAAAGGAGUGUGGCCACAAUGGCUAAACGGAACUUUCGUCCGAAUCGGCGCAGGCAGAUUCAUCAUACCCCUCUCUGAAGAUAAUUCUAAACCAAAUGCCGUUCUUCAGCAUUUCUUCGAUGGCCUGGGCAUUCUGCACAAAUUCACCAUGUCCAAUGGCCUGGUCCGCUACAGUAGCCGACAUACUGCGGAAGGCGUAGUGCGUAGAGCUCAAAAAGAGGGCUUUGUCAGUACUACAAUGUGUGGAAUUAAUGCCAAUACUCCUCUCAAAUUGGCCCAGGACCCAUGUUCGGCGCUGCUGGGAGCUCAGCAAUCACUCUGGGUUCCAACUGGCCAUUUGGAACCUGAUGCGGCUAAUAUCAAUGUGGUUCCUCGUCGAGGCAUGCAUUUGCCCAAGGACGAUAAUCCUCUGUCGCGUGGCGCGGCAUCCGAAAAUCCGGCGGAGGAGGAGAUCUUAGUCCACACGGAUUUCAACAUGCUACAAGUGUGCGAUGCAAAGACUCUCGAGCCAAAGAGGCUAUUGACAUACGCCGAAAUCGACCCCGAACUCGCUGGUUUUGGCAUUUGUGCCCACCCACCGAAAGACAGACAGCGUGGGACCACGUAUAACUAUUUGAUUUCGCAAACAGGUGUCAUGUUUUGUUUUGCGUUGGACGUGGUCUCUAACCCUGCUAAGCUUCUUUGGAAAACGGCUCUUCCAUGCGCGCCGUGCUAUAUCCACUCGUUGGCCAUGACGAAGGAAUACGUGGUUUUCAUUCGCAAUCCUAUUCAUCUUGAUGUGAGCGACGUGACAAAACAGUUCAUGGAUAUGCUUGAGGUUGAGUCGGACUCUAAGACCUUCUUCUACGUUUUGCGAAAGUCCGACGGAGAAGUAAUUGCGUCGUAUUCUUCGCCGAAUUUCAUGUUCUUUCACUCCGUCAACGCAUACGAUUUUGUUGAUGACGCCACCGGUGAUACAUCCAUCCAUGUGGAUUUGUGUAGUUACCAAGAAGACUACAUUCCAUAUCGCGAGUACACCUUAAGCAACGUCGUUGAUCCGGCCAGGCCAUAUCAAGAUGGAACGCUGGUCCGCUACGAACUGGCAUCGGUCAAUAAAGCAGGUCUUCAGAGGACUGAACGAGCGACAGUUGCGCAAGCCAUUCCCGGUGUUGCAUUAGAAUUACCCCGGAUUAGUAAAUCCGCGUCCAUGGUGCCGGGCUAUAGAUAUGUCUAUGCCACAGGCGGAAAUGCAGGUGCCAGUCCUGGAACAGAAGUCCCGAUUGGGCGACUUGGCAAUGGUCUCAAAGUCGUGCAGGCCGCUUUCUUUUCAUGUAUUGUUAAGACAGAUUGGAAGACAGGGGGUUGGGUCAAGUGGCAGCCUGAAGAUGGAGAAAGUUGUCCGUGUGAACCCAUUUUUAUUGGGCGUCCUGGCGCAACUGAAGAAGACGAUGGUAUCGUUCUGACUAUUGUCAUAAACAAGAAAGGGACACACAGUAUUCUUGUUGCAUUGAGAGGUACAGAUCUGAAAGAGGUCGCCAGAGCUGACAUGCCGCAGGUUUAUGGUAUUGGCCCUCAUGGUUCGUUUAUCGAAGUCCCAGGAAUGUAUUGA